AUGCUGAGAGGAGUAAAGAUGCUGUGUCCUGUGUGGUCCUUGGCUGUGGCGGUGCUUUGCACCCUCACUAUGGAAGUCAGCAGUCAGUGCUGGGAGAGCUCCCACUGCCAAGACCUCAGCACAGAGGAGAACAUGUUGGAGUGCAUUCAGCUGUGUAGGCCAGAGCUCACACUCGAGGCCCCAGUCUACCCUGGCGAGGGCCACCUCCUCCAACCCCCUGAGCUGGAAGGGACCGACGCAGACUCCCUGGCCGUGCUCAAGCUCGCCUCAGCGGGCUCCCCCGAGGUGAAGCAGCGGUCCUACUCCAUGGGUCACUUCCGCUGGGGCCAGCCAAUGGAACAGAAGCGCCGGCCCGUCAAGGUGCCCAAGGAGUCGGCCGAGCUGUUGCCGGGGGAGAUGCCGCCCUCGGCGCUCGGCGUCGCGGACUACGGCGAGGCGCCGGAGGAGGAGAGGGCAGCACUGGCCGGGCCGCUCCCGCUCCCGCUCCCGCAGAAGAAGGACGGCUCGUACAGGAUGAGCCACUUCAGGUGGAGCGGCCCGCCGGCCAGCAAGCGCUACGGCGGCUUCAUGAGCCAGAAGCCGCCUCUCACGCUCUUUAAGAGCGCCAUCGGCGAGGACGGACAAGAGAAGACAAGUCAGUAAAGCGGGGCUGUGGAGGAGGAGGAGGAGGGGGGGUCGGUGGAGAGAAGGAGCGAGAGAGGAGAAGAAAUGGACGAGAGGAGAAAAAGUGAAGGAAAGAGAAGGUCAGAAAAGGAGAAAAAGACACAAGACACAUUUUGCCCUUGCUGUUUGUUUCCCUCUGUAAAGAGAGGACAUACUGUAUUUGCUUAUUCCUCCCCCUAAUAAUAAUACUAGCACACAGGAAGUAGAUUGCAUUGUCAUAUUAUCGGGAGUAUCAAAAGGCUUUGUUGACCACAAGAACUUUGUUUCCCAAGUUACCCCAUCAUUAUCAUCACUGCUCAAGAAAUAAAUUCUGAAUAUUGUACAUGUACA